AUGGAGCGACUAAAUUUGGGCUUUCUUUUGAUAUCACUUUGCGUGUUUCUUUGGGGUGUGGCCGGUCAAUAUGAGUGGCAAAUUAGAGACGCUUUUGAUGAAAUAAGAGGUAAAAUGGAUAAAGUUUCAGCCGAUAACUGCUACAUAACACAUCUCGAUGAUCUGUACUUGCCAGAGGAUUCGGUGUCGCAUCACCCAGACGUGAAAGAGAUUAACAUAAAUCCAGUGUUUCCUAACCGCACAAAGUUACUUCAUUUGCAUAAUAUGGCUAUGAAUCGAGCCUUUUUCUGGAGUUACAUAUUACAGUCGAGAUUUAUACGACCGGCUAUCAAUGAUACUUAUGAUCCAGGUAUGAUGUAUUACUUUCUUUCAUCGGUUGCUGAUGUUGCAGCUAAUCCAUACAUAAACGCUAGUGCUAUAUACUUUUCUCCAAAUAUGUCAUACACUUCAUCCUACAGAGGGUUCUUUAAUAAAACUUUACCCAGAUUUGCACCAAGAGCAUUCAGGGCUGAUGACUUUAAUGACCCUGUACAUCUUCAAAAAAUUUCAACGCUGAAUACUUUUCACAUAGAAGAUUUAGGUGCAUUUGAUCCUGGAAGUUUGUCUAAGGAUUAUACAUCAGAUUUUUAUAGAAUAAAUGAAUGGUACCAACUCUGGUUGCCUGAUAAGGUAGAAAAGAGACAUGACACAAAAACAACAUAUCAAGUAGAAAUACGAUAUGCAAAUAAUACCAAUGAAACAUUUACUUUUCAUGGUCCACCUGGUAAUGAUGAAACACCAGGCCCUGUGAAUUGGACUCGGCCAUACUUUGACUGUGGACGUUUGAACAAAUGGCUCGUCGGGGCAGUGUCGCCAGUUGCAGAUAUUUACCCUCGACAUACCCAGUUUAGACACAUUGAAUACCCGACGUACACGGCAGCUGUGGUAAUGGAGAUGGACUACGACAGGAUAGAUAUAAAUCAGUGUCCCCCUAGUCAGGGCAACGACAGACCUAAUAGAUUUGCUUCAACAGCGAGAUGUAAAAUUGAAACAACUGAAUGCGAGCCCAUACAUGGCUGGGGUUUCCGUCGUGGUGGGUACCAGUGCCGAUGCGCGCCUGGUUACAGAUUGCCGAGUAUUGUGAGGCGACCUUACCUCGGAGAAAUCAUAGAGCGGGCCACUUCAGAUCAAUACUACAAUAACUUCGACUGCUUGAAGAUCGGCUGGAUCCAACGUUUGCCGGUUAAAUGGGAGAAGGCGCAUCCCUUUAUCCGCGCGCUGUACAUGGACGAGUAUCUCGAGUACGUGAACGCAACCAGCGGUGCGGACGCGUUGCACACUGAAAAACUCAAUGUGUACGAAGUGCUCAACUUUAUACGAGGAGUACAACCCGGAAACUGUUCCAAAUACAAUCCAACUGAUUUAUUUUUAAAUGGAGACAUCGCUUUCGGUUUUGAAGAGCAGUUGGAGAACCAAGCCAAGGUGGCAGUUAGAUUGGCAAAUUUCAUAAGCGCCUUUCUCCAGAUCGCAGAUCCACAAGAAGUGUUCAGUGGAACUCGUGUAGCAGAUAAACCGCUUACUGAGGAUCAAAUGUUCGGUGAAACACUGGCUAUGGUGCUCGGAGACUCAAAAAUAUGGUCAGCAGGAACAUUUUGGGAUAGAAACAAAUUUACAAAUCGAACAUUUUUCGGACCAUUCGCUUAUAAGACUGAAUUGAAUACAAGGAAAUUCAAACUCGAGGAUUUGGCCCGAUUGAACACAACUGAGGAAUUGUACACCAACAAACCGUGGUUCCAAUUCUUGAAACAGCGCUGGUCUACUAACUUUGAUAGCCUCGAACAAUACUUUCUCAAAAUGAAGAUCAGAGAUGAUGAACUCGGGAAAUAUUUGAAGCGAUACGAGAGAUAUCCUACGUAUUACAGGGCAGCUAAUAUAAAACACGGCCAUUGGACAAGCCCUUACUAUGAUUGCAACGGGCAUCUGAAACAGUGGGUUAUUACGUACGCUGCCCCAUUCUUUGGCUGGGAUAGCGUAAAGGUCAAAUUGGAGUUUAAGGGAGUUGUUGCAGUAACCAUGUCCCUGAUGUCAUUGGACAUCAACCAGUGUCCGGAUAAAUUUUAUGUACCAAACGUUUUCAAGAGUACAGACAAAUGUGACAGGAGAUCAUCUUAUUGCGUACCAAUAUUGGGGCGCGGUUUCGAGGCGGGCGGCUAUAAAUGCGAAUGUCUACAAGGCUACGAGUAUCCCUUCGAAGAUCCUAUUACAUAUUACGACGGACAAAUAGUAGAGGCAGAAUUCCAAAACAUCAUUAUGGAUAAGGAGACACGAAUAGAUAUGUUCAAAUGUAGACUAGCGGGCGCGGCGGCAAUACAGAACAGUUUCGUUAUUAUACUGGGUGUUUUACUCAUUCUUUUGAAAAUUAGGUAA